AUGUCAUAAUAACAAGAAAUUGAAAUAUUAUUCCCUUAAAAUAUUUCUUAGUCAUUUCUAUCGAUAUUACUAUAGCAUAGUUUAGCUGCCACUUUGACAUUCUAAUAAGCGGUUAAAAAUUUAAUGAGUGAGGAUUUCGCAUUAAUUCAUUAUGGUUUAAUUUCAAUUGGAAAAUCAAUAUAAUAUUUUUCUCAUCAAUAAGAGGAUAUUGGAGAUUAAUAAAAAGAGCAUCUUAUUACAAUAAUUUAGUAGAUUUUGCAAGUUUAGAUGCCAGAAUGCCUUUAAUAUUGUGCUAUAAGUAACAAUAUUAAUAAUUUAGAUGUUCUUUUCGUAUUGUUAAAUGUUUUUGAUCCCCAGCAUUAACUUUUGAUUAAAAAAUUGUCUUUUGAAAGCUUAUGCUAAAUAUAUAAUAAAGAUGCAACCGGUCUAUUUCAUAAUAAGAUUAUAAUAAUUUUUGGUAUAUUAAGUAAAUUAGAUAAUAAUACCCCAUUUCAACUACACAAAUGUUGCAAUAUUCAGUAAAGAUUAGAAAAAAUAACCUCAUUAUAUGAUUCGAUUAAUUAUCUUUAGGCUCUCAAAAUCUUUUGUAAGGAAGCGCCAUAAUGUUAUAAAAGUAUGACGCUUGAUUUUAUCAAGACCAAGUUGAAAGUAAUAAAGACUUAAUAAAUGAGUGUUUGUAAUACAAAUUAGAUUUCAAAUUUAUCAUUAAGAACUUUAAAAUAGUUUAUUCAUAAAAUAACUAUAUCAAUUAUUAAGAAUUUAAUGAAAAUUGAAAGCCCAGUAAUAGAUUAAUAGCUUUUGACUAUGUGGGAUGAAGUUAUAGUUAUUUGGGUUGAUGAUCAUUAAAAUAAUCUAGAAUGCAGUGUAAUUUAAAUAGUUUUAGAAUAUAUUUAAAAAAUUAAUUUUCCUAAAGAAAAAAUUGAAGAUAAAGUAUUUUAAGAUCGACUUUUACUUAAUUUAGACCAGGAUUCAACAUUAAAAUUAUUUGAAACUUUAUAAAUUUACUAAUAUUUAAUUAAGUAAUUUUCAUUUUGUAUAGCUAAUGAUGAAUUCUUUAAAAAGCUGAUGUAGAUCUGCUAAAACUCAUAAAGUCCAAUUUACACAACACUUAUUUUGAAGAUUAUAAUUUAAAUGAUAAAAAGUCAGAAAUUUAUUCCUGAAUAUCUUCCUAAAUUACAGCAAUUUAAUAUAAUAGGAUUAUUACCUGAAUAUUUAGAUGAAGUCGUGUUUAUAAUAGAAAAAUUAUAGCCUUGCUCUCAUCUCUCAGUUUUCUUCAAAUAAAAAUAACAAAUUGAGCUUAAAUUUGCCAAAUGCGUUAUGAAAUUAGUCACUUUAAUUUUAAAGAAUAAUAAACUUAUAGAUGUAUUCAAAACAGAGAUUGCAUAAUUUGAAAGUGUAUUUUUAUCAGAAAGAUGUUAAAAUUUAAUACAUUAAAUUCAUAAUCAGAAGAUAUAAGAAAAACUUAUCUUAAUUAUUGAACUUUUAUAAAAUAAUAAAUCAUACUAACAUUAUGAAGCUACAGAUAAUAAAAAAAUUAAAUUAAACUGA